AUGUUUGAUGCAGAACAGGAUGAGCAGCCCCAGGAUGAGCAGCCCCAGCACGAUCAUGUGUUUUAUGAUGAAUAUGACCAGCAGCAGCAACAGUUUGAUGAUGACCAUGGUCAGCAGCACCAGCCUGAUGAACCCAUGUUUUCUGGAGGUCCUUAUGAUCUUUCUGUCCUUACAAAUUAUGAGUAUCAUAUUGCAAUUAAUGUGUGGAAUGGACAGGAAAGACGUGCCUUGAAAGUUGUUUCCAAUGGCAAAAAGCAAGACAAAUUUAUUGAUAUUAGAUAUCAUUUACCUGCUCAAAUAGAUCAUUGGAUUAAUAUAUCUGGAUUACGUCCUCUGAGAAGAUGUAGUUUGCAUAUGAUUGAUGGUAAUAUGAUAUCUGCUUUUGCUGAGAGAUGGCACGCAGAGACUAGUUCAUUUCAUCUGCCAUUCGGUGAAAUGACUAUUACUCUUGACGACGUCAGGGGUCUUUUGAGCAUCCCGUGUACUGGAGAGUUUUUCACACCUCCCGCAAAUGUCAAUGAAGAUUUGGCAAUUGCUGCUGCUGUUGAGUUGUUGGGGGUUACAUAUGAUGAAGCUGUCACUGAGACUAGGACCAAUAGAGGGGGCUUCGUAUAGUUUUGAGUGGUUGAAAGAGGUAUUUUUUAAGAAACUUCAUGAACGAAGAUAUGACUGUGCAGCUAGGGCAUAUCUACUUCAUU